AUGGGGUCGGGCAGCGCGAUGACGCUUUCUUCUGGAUUGUUCGGCUCGCGAAAGCGUGGCCAAUGCGAGCAUACCUUUGUUUUUACGGACCAACCGGGCGUCUGCGCGAUGUGCAAGAAGCGAAUUGCGCAUGUGCGGAAUCUGGGGUAUCGCUGCACAAAGUGCGGAAUCGUACUGGAUAAAAGCUGCUUUAGGAAGGCGAUGGGAAAGGAAACGACCGUACCGAAGGAUCAGAGACCGACGAGUCUCGUGUUUUUGGAGCAUUUCCGUCUAGGGAACGUGGAGAUCGUGAUUUCAACGAAGGGCGUGAUGCACAUCAAUCUGAACAAUUUCAAUAUCGUGUUGCAGCAUCAGAUCUACAGCAACGAGCUCACGGAGUGGAGCAAAGUUUUGAAGAACGUACGAAAGGCGUACACUUCGGAGAUUUUGAAGUGCGCUCCUUCCUACAUGCUGCGAGGAUGGGGCGUGAGGAGCAGUUCGAAGCCGGUGGACUUGAAGGAGAACUGGAAGAAGCAGUCGAGCAGCGUGGACGAAAGCAACGAAGAGCUCACGACCGCUCGCAAAGAGCAAUUGCUGCUCGGGAAAACGGAUGAAAUGUGGAUUGUUUGA